ACUUGGAAGUCCAAGUUUAUGUUUUGUUACGUUUCGAAUGAAAGUGUUAAUUAUUAUCAUGAUACACAAGCAGAUGAUUCUUAGCUCUUAGCAGGAAUACGCAAACUGCAGUGCAGUGUUCAUGACGGUUUAUGCAAUACGUAUGACGGUAUUUAAAGAGCGCUCGUGAUAAAAAGCAACUAUACUAUCCUUUCAUUGAUUAACAAAUGCAGUUAUUAUCGGUAUUUUGUUUCUGCGCUGCUUAUUCUUUUGUGGCCGGAUCGUUAUGCCAAACUACUGUGGCUACUACACCAGGACCAGUUCCGGUAAUUCCCCCAUCAUUAUGUGGCAGUUUAAACUGCACGGACAACUUGCUUUUGCCGGAUUCCCUCCAUAAUAAACUGAACUGCAACCUCGGAAGCUCUCAGCCAUCAGGAACAAAUGGCGUCUACUGGUGUUCCAGAUGGGAGCGAAAGGUCAAGUGGUUACGAUUUCAGUUCGACAUUGCGCAAGCGGGUCGAAACAACAUGCAGGCAAUCUCGCAGUGUUCUAUAGUAAACCGGCAUCUCACAAGUCAAAAUGCGUACAAAGCUGUACUGCGCACGCCUGCUGUUGUGAUUGAGUCGGGAGAAUCUGUGGUCUUGUUGCUGACGUUUACAUACACCUUUGGUAGUAUGCCAAACAGCACUUACUAUCUGGAUGUCAGGAUUGGAACAGGGAUAGAAGAAAGUGUAUCAGAGUCUGUGAUCUGGGCAACAACAAAUUAUGCAGUAGUGCAACCAAAUCAGCCGAUGAAUGCCAGUGUUUGUUUCGGAGUGAACGCUAACGCGACGUUCACUCUGAAUUUCAUCGCGCAUCAUGACGUACGUUGUUCCAGUUCAAAACAAUCUAUUGCCGUUGACAACAUAAAAACGCGGCAAGUUGUUGCAAAAAGAAUUGCCUAG